GUUAAGAGCUCUCCUCAACAAAACCGUCUGUCAUUCCAGUGUAUUUACUGCGCGGAUUUGAGGUUAAAUGGUUGUGAUCGGUGUAGAUCAGACUGUCGUCUCUGAUCUCUCAAAAAUGUCCGCUGCGAGUCAAGCAGAGAGAGCUGUGCUGGAGGAAGAGUUUAACUGGCUCCUUAAAGAGGAGGUUCAUGCCGUGUUGAAACAGCUGCAGGAGAUUUUGAAAGAGGCUUUGAGACGUUUCUCAGUGCCUGCACCAGGAAUGGAGGGUCAACUCAAACAAGAGAACUUCAUUCUUGGCAGCUCAACCAUGGACCAGGUGAAAGGAGUCCUCACUCUGCAGGGAGACGCUCUGACUCAGGCUGAUAUCAAUAUUAAGGUGGCUAAAAGCACUCAAGUCAUGCAUUUUACGUUCCGAGAGGAUAAACAGUGGAAAUUACAACAGAUCCAGGAUGCGAGGAACCACGUGAAUGAGGCACUUCAGCUGCUCAGCAGCCGUGAUGAGAGCUAUCACUUCAAAACCGGUGCUGAGGUCAAUAAGCUGAUGGAUGCGGUGAUGAUGCAGUUAACCCGAGCGCGUAAUCGUCUUACCACGCCAGCUACCAUGACUCUUCCUGAGCUUGCUUCCACUGGAUUAAUGAGGAUGUUUACUCCGCCGAUGCCUGGUGAUGUGAUGGUGAAUUUGUACAUAAAUCUCAGUAAACUCUGUCUGACCGUCUACCAGCUUCACGUGCUUCAGCCGAACACUACUAAGAACUUCAAACCAGCAGGAAGUUCAGUUAUGCAUAAUCCUGGAGCCAUGUUUGAACUAAACAACACUAAGUUUGAGGUGAGCCACGUGCACAAAGUGGAGUGUGUGGUGCCAUGGCUGAACGACGCACUCGUGUUUUUCACCAUCUCACUGCAACUCUGCCAGCAGCUCAAAGAUAAGAUUUCUGUGUUCUCCAGCUUCUGGAACUACAGGCCAUAUUGAGCUGACCAAAGAUAUAAAUUUUUGCUGUACUGUAAGUGCAGAAUUAAAUAAAAGAAUAUAAAUUAACACAAUAGAAAAUACACUACACCAUGUUAUGAAUCCACAUAGUAUUUGCUUUCGGACCAACUGUUAAUUUGUGUGCGCGUAUCAUAACUGGGUAGAAUGAAUGUGGGUCCAGGUCAAGUCCUGUCAUGUAAGUGAAAUGGGUAUGAUAAUUAACUUUGAUUUUUUUCGAUUUGUUGUUAAACAGUGAAGUAAAAUUGUCAUUCCGUUAUUAUUUUGAAGAAAAGCUGUGAACUAUUUUAAUUAUAAGAGCUAUGAUCAAAAUCUGGUUAGCACUGUUUUUUCUGAUGAUACUAUUUAGUGUCACAUGUCGUCGUCAUCAUUCCUGAAACUCCUUUUAUGGUCCAUGAUGCAUUUCAUUUAAUCAUUUAUUAUUUUUUUAGAUGUGUUAAUCUGAUAGUUUGACCAAAAAUGUAUACAAUUUCCCCAUGCCGGGAAUGUGUCUGCCAGUCUGCCAAGCUACAUGUGUCUUUGUUUGUACUGAUGCUACAAAAUGUGUUAUUUGAGGCAAGUGUAUGAUGAUUAUAAGCAUGCUGAUUGUACAGUGCUGAAUUGGAGGCUACUACUUAUCUACAUCUCGUUUUGUAGCGCCAAAGCAGAACUGAAGAAGCAAACACGUGUUUUCUGAUUCUGACUGACAACAUUUUGGGUAAAGGGGACAUUGUGUACCUUUCACUUUAGGCAAUUUAAGCAACUUUUUGCUGAUUUAUAUAUUUGCAUUAAUAUACACUUUAUGGCAAAAAGUACAUGGCCACCUGACAAUCGCACUCGUGGUUCUUCCCCAAACUGUUGCCACAAAGUUGGAAGCAUGUAGUUGGAUCAAAGAUCUUUGCAGCUGUUGCAUUACAAUUUUCCUUCACUGGAACGAAGAGACCCAAGUAUGCUCCAGCACGACAAUGCUACUGUGCACAAAUCGAGGUCCAUGAAGAUCUGGUUUUGCUGGUGUGGAAGAACUCAAGAGGUCUGAUUUGAGCUCUGACCUCAACCCAUCUGCAUACCUUUGGGGUGAACUGGAAUGUCGACUGAAUGCCAGGCCUCCUUGCCCAACAUUAGCCAUCCCAGAAGAGCGGUAAAGGAAGGCUAAAUCUGGAAUGGGGUACUCAACAAGCACAUAUUGGUGCGAUUGGUCAAGUGGCCACAGCCUUUUGGCCAGAUUGUGUAACUGGAGCACUACUUGACCAGUUUAACUACAGCGAAAUCAUUAUUGCACUCCUAUGUAUUCCAUGUUGGAUCUGUUUUUGUUUAAUUUCCUCAUAUGAUCCAAGCUAUGCUUUUGUCGUCAAGUUACGUUUUAUUUAUUCAAGCUGAUGAAUAAAAUUGACACGAUCUCUGUUUUAAUCAUUUGACUAUUCCAAAUACUGAACAAUGACUUGGUGUUAAGUGUAAAUAUUUUCCAUCUACAAAGUGUUUCAUGUUGACUAACUGUGCAAUAA